UUAGAAACAGAACUGAAAAAUGCGAACGAUCAUUUGGAUGUGGAACGCGAGUCGAAUAAAACACUUCAGAAUGCACUCGAUGAGCUAGAAGAGAUGCUUGGACAGAAGAAUGCGGAAUUGAUUGAGUCAAAUGAGAACGCUAUCAAAGCGAAUUCGAACGCGCAAUUGCACAAAGAGACGGUGUUUGAUUUGGAAACCAAAUUGUAG